GACAGCACAAAGAGACCAUCUGUGGCUGAAUCUAUCAAAGACACGGCAAUAAAAAAAAUGUCAGUUCCUGAAAAUCAGGCCAAGAAAAUUGAGAAGAAAGCUGGCGAUGUGGACGACCCGACUCGUGUGGAUAUAGAGAAAGACAUUUAUCAGAUUGUAGCCGACGGGGAUGUCAAUGAGUUCUCAAAGUUCAUGACCAAGAAUCCCCAGUGCCUCAACAUGCCCAAUCCGGAUGGCUACUACCUUGUCCAUCUGGCUAUCAUGAGUAAUCAAGCUCCGAUUUUCCGGGAGCUGCUCAAACUAAAUGCAGAUUUGAAUGUACAAGACCCUGAAGGAAAGACACCCUUGCACCUUGCCAUUGCAGCCGAGGCCAGUGAAAUCGUCUCUACCCUUCUUAGCAGAGGUGUACAAGUUGCCGUGGCAGAUAGCAGUGGUUUGAUGCCUAUACACGCAGCGGCUGAGAUCGGAGCUAUCAAAAUUGUUUCGCUACUCAUCCCCACGCUGCCCAACAUUAAUGUCAAAGCAGAGGGAGGUCUUACUGCUUUGCAUAUGGCAGCCAUCAACAACCACGGAGCAGUUGUUAGAAUGUUGAUGGCAAAUGGGGCCUCACCGUUAAACCGAGAUGACCAUGGCAACUACCCCAUCCACUCCGCCGCCAAGAAUGCCUCCAACUCUUCAAUAGAAGCAAUACUUGAAGAAGCGCCAUCACAGGGAAUUGAAAAGUUAGAUUUGUUGGCCCUCCGGGAUCGAGAAAAGAACAUGCCGAUUCACUGUGCUGUCAUUUCUGGAAACAUUCAGACAGUGAAGUAUUUUCUAAAAUCUGGAGCACUGAUCACAUCACAGCAGGGAGUGGGUUCAACACCGCUGCAUCUAGUUGCAGCUCAGGGACUGAUCGAGUUAGCUAAGGUGAUGUAUGAACUGCAGAAGGAGCUCUUUGGCAAGACCUUGAACAGGACAGACUAUCUCAAGAGAACCCCUCUUCACUGGGCAACCAUCUUCAACCACACCAACAUGGUUACCUAUCUGCUGGAGAAGCCAGGAAUUAAACCUAACCCUACGGAUGUUGAUGGCAACACGCCGCUUCUGAUAUCUGCCAGCAAGGGCAACAUUGAUACCAUGUCAGAGUUGCUGGAUGCAGGGGCAGACCCUUACUGCAGGGACAGAAAGCGGCGCAACUUCCUUCAUCUUCUUGUGCUGGCCAUGGAAAGUAUACCGGAUCUAAUCGAAAUUCUCAAGGAUAUCAAACAUUAUCAGAAAUUAAUCAAAGCCAAAGAUGUCUUUGGCUUCACGCCCUUACAUUAUGCUGCCAAGUGCGGAAAUCUGGCCAUGUUUCUUGACCUGGUUAAGCUGGGCUCUUCAUUGAAUUUAAAAAGCAACAAGAAACAGACAAUCUUGCAUCUUGCAGCACAGUAUGGACGUUACAGAACUGUUUUAUCAGUUCUUGGUAAAAGAUAG